AUGCAUGAGCGAUUGGCCAUCGCACCGGAGUCCAUCCACGUCGACCUCGUGCGACUCUUCACCUCAGCAGGAGGUCCACCCACUGCUGAGAUGCAAUCCCCUGAAACCCACCGACAUCACCAACCACGUUCUCCAGAGGAAUCCCACUACCGUGAGAAAAUUCCCCACCUUGAAUCUGCCUUAUGUCGAUCAAGAGCAUCCGAAGUAGAGCCAGAAGAACCCUCUACCUCCUCUGGUUUACGUUUACCUGUAACACCACCA